AUGGUGGUUGGCGACAUGAGAACUGGUGGCUGCUGUGUGGAUUUAGGGCUACAGAGGGACAACUCCGUCGUCUUCUGGUCCAGGUUUGAAGCAGAAAAGCAUCUUCGCUCUGUCGGUUCUCCGCAAAGGAGACUCUUUUCUACAUCGGAACAUCGGAGAGGGAAACGGCGUCGGAGGAAGGCUGAGGGAGGCAAGGUCGGCGGUGGUGUGUUGAUGGAGGUGGGAAUGAAAAUUAAGAGGGAAAACGGAGGGGGUCCGAUUGAGCAACAGGGAUCAACUCUUAUGACUGAGAUGCCGAUUAGGGUUCGUAGAGGGAAAAUGAAGCAGAAGAGCUGUUGCAAGAAGGGAUCAGGAGGCGGACAAAGAAUUCCAUACAGUUACAGAGGCGACGAUGAUUGGUCGAAUUUAGGGUUGUUACCGGGAGGAUACGCGGAAGUGAAGUCGAUGGAGGAAUAA